AUGUGUCUCGACAUCUUCUCCAAGUUCUCCUGCACCCCCUCCCACAACUCCGAAUUUACACUUUGGGAAACCCAAGAAUGCUCCUCCGCAAUCUCCAAGUCCAGAUACCAAAUCAGAAACAUCUUAUGUCCAGCGGCUGAUCGCAAUACCUAUGUCGACAUGCGUACGGAUAACAAGGAGAAAUUAUGCACCACGUGCGCAAGAGCCAGUACUGAGCAAUCUAACCGCGAAAUUGAAAUUGCGAGGGAGGAUCUUAGAAAGCAGAGGCAAUUUGCUGAGGAGAUGAAGCGUAAGAGAGAACCGAGACAGCAGGAGGAACUGGCCGAGAAAGAUCAGCAUCAAGGACAAAGGAAAGUUGUCAGGAAGGAGGGUCCCAGAAAACAAAAUGCACCUAUAAAAAUAGAACCCAGCGCACGUACAGAAUCCCCGAGUCAGGCUGUAGCUAGAAUCCAGAGCUCACUUGAGCGGGAAUACAACGUAGUGGAAACACGACGGAUAAUUGAGCGUCUGAGGGAAAGUUAUAGGUACAGAUAG